AUGAUAUCCAUAAUGCAGAACCAUGGAACCUCCUUGGUUGCACAGCUAGCGUCGCCACCGAAUAUAUCUCUACAAUUACUCGGAACGCACACGGCUGGCGAACAGACCGAAGUCGUCGAUUUCGAUAUUUGGAUUGAUUGCUCAAAACAAGCGAAAAUAAAAUCUGGGCAAUUUUUGACUAUCAAUGAACGUGAUCAUCGUUCCUGGGACCAGUCUGGCGAAUCCAGUGCCAGUUUCUUGACAACAUCAUCUGGUUGGCUUCAAGAUUGGAUUGGUGACAGCAACGAAGAAACAAGCUGGGCGGUUCAUAAACUAGUCAGUUUGCGCGAUGACGAUUUCGCUGCUAUAAAAUCCCACGCAGAGAGCCUCGCAAGCAAAAUCGCGUAUGGCGGAUCCAUCAUUGUCCAAAUCCACACGCCACCUGCCGAGGCGGAUGUCGCUGAAAACACCGCGAAGAUUCAAGCGGAAUGGAGUUUUGGCUCUCCUUUUCUUCCCACAGAACAACCAUGGGACCUGUUGGUAAUGAAUGCAAUGGUCGACGGCAGAAGGGGGUUUAUCUCUGUUGAUGAACCACGACCAUCCCAUGGAAGAUCACCGUUUCGCAGGGCCAUGAAAUCUUAUAACACUUCUACAGUCAUCUCCCAGUGUCAAAACGAGGAGGGGUUUAAAUAUACAGUGCUGAAAUACUCGAAAUGGGGAUCUGAUAUUUAG